AUGGGUAUCGAUCACGCUAGCAAGCAGCACAAGAGAUCUGGUCACAGAACUGCUCCAAAGUCUGACAAUGUCUACUUGAAGUUGUUGGUCAAGCUGUACUCCUUCUUGGCUCGUCGUACCGACGCUCCAUUCAACAGAGUGGUCUUGAAGUCUUUGUUCUUGUCCAAGACCAACAGACCUCCAGUUUCCAUCUCUGCCAUUCACAGGGCUUUGAAGCAGGAUGGUGCUGCUAACAAGACUAUUGUCGUUGUUGGUACUGUCACUGCUGACAACAGAAUCUUUGAGUUCCCAAAGGCCACUAUCGCUGCUUUGAGAUUCACUGCUAGUGCCAAGGCCGCCAUCCUAAAGGCUGGUGGUGAGGCUAUUACUUUGGAUCAAUUGGCUGUUAGAGCUCCAAAGGGUCAAAACACUUUGAUCAUGAGAGGUCCAAGAAACUCCAGAGAGGCUGUUAGACACUUCGGCAUGGGUCCACACAAGCACAAGGCCCCUAGAAUCAUGUCUAAGGGUAGAAAGUUUGAAAAGGCUAGAGGUAGAAGAAGAUCUAGAGGUUUCAAGGUGUAA